AUGGCUGGUAAAAAGAAGGAGAUCAGUUUACAGGUAAAUAUCAAUACUGACGAUCAAUGGAGUGACAUUUUGGCAACGAAAGGGUUAAUAGUGGUCGACGUGUACCAGAAGUGGUGUGGACCCUGCCGCGCCGUCGUCAGUCUGUUCAGAAAAAUCAAGAAUGAGCUGGGAGACGAGCUGCUGCAUUUUGCCACAGCUGAGGCUGAUGGGAUUGAAACUCUGGAGAAGUACAGAGGGAAGUGUGAGCCCACCUUUCUGUUUUAUGCGGGUGGGGAGCUGGUGUCUGUUCUGCGGGGGCCAAACACUCCUCUCCUGCAGAGGGUGAUACAGGAAGAGCUGAGCAAAGAGAAGAACGUCCUAGCACACGGGGCGGCACGCAGGGCGGUGACAGACGAAGGUUUAACUGAGGAAGAAGAGGUGAAUGAGGACUUUAAGGAUCACCCACAUGAUGAAGGUCCUGCUAAUAAGUCUAACACAGUGGCUAUAAUAAAGCCGGAUGUGGUGGCACACGGCAAAGCAGAUGAGAUUAUCAUGAAGAUUCAGGAUGCGGGUUUUGUGAUUUUGGCCCAUGAGGAGAGAACGCUGAGUGAAGCAGAAGCUCAAGACUUCUAUCAACACAAAGCCGCAGAGCCUUACUUUCAGGAGCUCAUCCAAUUUAUGUCGAGCGGCCCGUCGCAUGUGCUGGUCAUUUCUAAGACGGAGGGUUGUGAGGACGUCAUCCCAGCCUGGCGGGAAUUCAUCGGUCCACCGGAUGUCGAAGAGGCCAGGAUGCAGCAGCCGGAGAGCUUGCGGGCUCAGUACGGCACCGAGACUCUUUUGAACGCUCUACACGGCAGCAGCGACAGCGAGCAGGCCAGCAGGGAGCUGGCGUUCUUCUUCCCCAGCUUCAGGAUGGCGAUGGCGGACUCGGGCUCGGAGCGGGCCGGGCCGGAACAGGAGCAUGUGGAGAGGACGCUGGCGCUCAUCCGUCCAGACGCUGCCAGGGAAAACAGAGAGGAGAUUCUGGGCCGGAUCCAUGAAGCAGGAUUCACAGUGGCCAUGCAGAGAGAGCUCAUGCUGUCUGAGGAUCAGGUCAGGCAGUUCUACAGCGAUCAUCUGGAGCAGGAAUAUUUCCCCAGCCUGCUGGAGAGCAUGACCAGCGGGCCUGUGUUAGCACUAGCGCUAGUGAAGGAGCGAGCCGUAGAACACUGGAGAAACAUCCUGGGACCCAAAGACCCCAUCCAGGCUAAGACUGAGCAACCCAACAGUCUGCGAGCCCAGUUUGUCUCUGGCAGCUCCAGCAUUAAUCAGCUUCACGGCAGCGGAAGCUCAGAGGAGGCGGAGAGGGAGAUCGGCUUCUUCUUCCCACCGGAGGACACGCUGGCCGUCAUUAAACCUGACACUGAACACAAGGAGGAAAUCCUGGAGGAGAUUCGGGCCAGAGCAUUCACCAUCUCCCGUCUGAAGGACACGGUUCUGUCCAGAGAGAUGGCGGAAGAGUUUUAUAAAGAGCACAGAGACAAACCGUUCUUCAGUCAGCUGGUGGAUUACAUGUGUAGCGGCCCGUGUACGAUGAUGGUUCUGACGAAGGAGAACGCGGUGGACGAGUGGAGGGCGGCCAUGGGCCCGACGGACCCCAGCGAGGCGAGACAAACGGCCCCGGAGUCUCUGAGAGCGCGCUUCGCUAAAGACAUGCUGGAGAACGCCGUCCACGGAUCCUCCAACACUCAACACGCACACCAGAAGAUACACUUCAUCUUUGGAGACAUCAGCUCUGAGAGCGUGAUCAUCGACGGCGCCGCUUCUCCUCUGUUAGAAACAGUGGAGAGCUUUGCAGAGCUCAAGAAUCUACAAGCUUCCAGAUCUCCAUCAUUUAAUGACGCGAGGAACCAGACAGAGCCGAGCUCAACAGAAGCUGCUGAAGAAAUGAAGCCGGAGACGACAGAGAGUCAGACAGCUUCCUCUGAUGAGCCCGAAGCACAAGAGACGCCCUCAUCCAGCCCGCAGGACGCAGGUCUUUAUUUCAAUGAGUGAUGCACACGUCAAGAACAAGUUUAGUCACUGAUC